AUGGGUCGCCGACCAGCUCGUUGCUACCGCUACUGCAAGAACAAGCCGUACCCGAAGUCCAGGUACAACCGUGGUGUCCCGGAUCCCAAGAUCCGUAUCUUCGACCUUGGUAGGAAACGUGCCUUCGUGGACGACUUCCCCUUCUGCUGCCACCUCGUCUCCGAUGAGUAUGAACAGCUCUCCUCAGAAGCCCUGGAAGCUGCUCGUAUUUGCGCCAACAACAUACGUCCACCAAGGACUAGCGGAAGGAUUCUUUCCAUCUCCGUGUUCGCGUGCACCCCUUCCAUGUUCAUUCGGAUUAACAAGAUGUUGAGUUGUGCUGGAGCUGAUCGGAAAGCCCUAUGGUCCGUUGCACGGGUCAACAUUGGACAGAUCAUCUUGUCCAUCCGAUGCAAGGAUGCUAACGCCCCUGUCAUCAUGGAAGCACUUCGCCGUGCCCGGUACAAGUUCCCUGGCCGCCAGAAGAUCAUUGUUUCUAAGAAGUGGGGUUUCACUAACGUCGACAAGGCGGAUUACCUCAAGCUCAAGGCGGAAGAAGAAGGUGUUGCAGUUGAGGACGGUGCCUAUGUGCAGUUCAUUAGGCCCAAGGGCCCUCUUGAGCAGAACCUGAAGAACCAGCUGAGGGCGUAA